GUGAAGGCGGCGGCGGCAGGGCGGCGGCGAGGCGCGAUAUUCUACGAACGAAAAUCGGAGGCGUGGAAUUACUGGCUGCCCUGAAACCACGGGCCUGAAAAACUUGCCUUCUGGUGUGGAUGGAUCAGUCUUCCCUGAGUCAGGGUCCCUGACCAAUCUAACGCCGUUACAGCGUUCGUGGCAUUGCCGGAGUUCUCCAUCCCACCGUUACAGCAAUUGCCCACUCACAGUUUUAUGCUUGUAUCGAGUUUCCGCUCCCAACGUACGGACCUGCACUUUACCAAGAAACCUUUGUCGCGCUCACCAAGAUUCUUGGAGCGGCUGGACUCGCGUCGCAUCGAGCCCGCGUCGCGUAGAGCGGUUCGCGGCUCGCGGUUCCGCUUCAAGAUUGUCAAUCCAAACCACGCAGAGCUCCCUCCCUCCCACCCUUCCCUCCCCAUCUCGCUCCCAACUUCGAGGAGGGAGUCUUCCCCCUCGAGUCUUCCUGGGUCCUCCUGUCCUGGGUUCUCUUACCUGGCAAUCUUGAUUCUCUCACUUCCCCACUCGCAGCGCCCUCGUGUCUAGAAGUCUACCUCAACACAUUGACCGACACGUCAGCAGACUUCCGUUGUCACCGACCAGCGCCACACUUGCCACACUCAUCUUCUCACCGACAUACUACGUUCUUGAAAAUCUCAGGGGCUCUGCUGCGUAGUGCUUGUAUAAAGUCAUCGAAUCCACGCCAUUUGGCACAAGCUCCACUCCAGCCCAAGUAAAGCUCUAGCAAAAGCUUCCUCCUCGCAAGCUUCUCGCUUCCUCUUACCUGUCUGAGGGCUCCCUUAUUUCUCCAGCGACCGCAGCAAUGGGGCGUUUUAAGCCGCUUUUCCUCGUCCUGCUCGCGCUCUCCCUGGUUGUUUCCCUCACGCUCGCGCCGCCGUGCUGUGCAAAUGAGCUCGUUGUUGCGGAAAGCGGUGGCUUCAACACUGACGACCCCUCGCCGCCUGGUCUCCUGAGCGAUCUGUUUGGGGGGAGCAGGAGGUUCCUGUGGUCGCACCCUCACGGCGAUUCGCACCAUCACGGCGAUUCGCACCAUCACGGGCAGUCUUGCAGGUCGUAUUGCGAGAAGGAGAACAAGGAGUGCAACGAGACGUACAGCGAGUGCAAGAGAGACAACAAGGACGACAAGCGCGGCCACAGGAGGUGCACGGACAAGUACGACAAGUGCAAGAAGAAUGUGAAGAGGUGCCGUGACAAGUGUGAUAAUUAGGCCUUCUUUUGAGUGUCGGGCUGCAGGAGGUGCACGGACAAGUGGGACAAGUGCAAGAAUGUGGAGAAGUGCGACUAGGCCGAGUGUGACUAGGCGGAGGUCGGCAGAGGAUCUGCCAGUGCAGGGCUAGGGUUGCCUUUUGGAUUGAUGGAGUGUGGAAGAAAGGGGAGUGGGGGAAGGCGGUGAGAGGAAUGGAUGAUGGGGUGGUGGAUCAGAUGGCGUUCCCCCUCUGCCUGAGACUCCUUAGGUAGGUCGUGUGUGUGUGUGUGUGUGUGUGUGUGUGUGUGUUCAGAUGUGGGCUCAAAUUUGCUGCUAU